UGGUUGAACAUCAGUGACGGCAGGCUGAGAUCCUCACCGCUGAUUGGCUAGCACGAGAUCGCGUCACGCGAAUAUGAUGCUCGAGUUGAAAGGCAAGGGUCAGCACAUGGUCAGCACAGAGAGUUGACAUUUAUAAAUAUGUUAGCUAACGUUCUCCAGCUAGCGUUCUCCAGCUAACGUUCACCAUCUAGCGUUCUCCAGCUAACGUUCACCAGCGAGCGUUCUCCAGCUAACGUUCGCCCGCUAACGUUCGAUAGCUAAUGUUCGCCAGCUAACAUUAGCUUAAAAACUAUUUAGAGCUUUUCACAAAUGUAUUAUAAAUCAUCAAUGACGUUUUUUUCAAGCUAUAAUAAAGUUUAUUUGGCAAGUAAAUGUGGAUAAAGCUGGUUACGUUAAGCAGAGUAAGCGCAUUUCAGCAUUUAAGUGGAAGGAACACAAAAGUAUGUGUCCCCUAGUUAAGGGGAAAAAAGGGUAAAUCACCUUUUUUCAUUGUUGGUUUGUUUCCACACACAAAACAAUUAUUAUACCAGAUCCAAGGUUGGAACGGGUCGUUUUUCAGACACUGUACCACUUAUAGCCAAGCACUUCCAUUGACAAUGUAUGAAAGGUUUAAAAUGAAGGCUGCUGGGUUUGUUUGUUUUUUAAACGUGGGUCCUUAUUAAAAACUUAAAGAGAGGCUCCUCGUGGACACAGAGCAUUGAUAAAAAGAUGUUCAACCUUUUCCCCGGUGGUCCGUUAAACAAGUCAAUCCCCUUCAGAUUGAUCACACGUCACACAGAGGCCCUAGACAAAGGGAAGAUGCUACGGCAGGUGAGUCUGGGUGUAACUGUACACUCUCACCCACAUGUCUGAAGCCCCACUUCCAUCCUCUGACAACAUGUCGGUUUGGUGUUAAUCUGUCUGAUGCGUAGUUUGACAUUUAACAAGUAGAACAUUGGAUGGAGAUUUUCAUGGUGUGUUUUGUGUGCCAUUAUGUCUUUGGAGUCUGCAGUCUCGACAGGGUUUUGGUGUUUGAAGACAGGUGGGUUUGGCACACAAAUAAACAACAUUUGCAUUAUGAAACAUCAGUGUAGAUGUAUCAGGAAUGUGUUAACUGCCAAUCCCAGACGCGUCAAAUGUCAAAAUGGUUGCCAUUGACGUACAACGAAGAAAUCGCAGAGCAAGAGACCUAUAUCCCAAGAGAUUGAUACUGGUAGUUACUUCCAACAAACCAUUACGUCCAUUUUGAUGGUUGGGUCAAACUUGCACAUGACUUUCACCCAGGAGAUACCUGCUCGUGUCCCAUUUGUGAGCUAGUUGUUUUUCCUGUGUGAUGUGUCUUGUGUAAUGCGAAGUGGUCACGUUACGAUACAUCACUAAGUCCUGUGUCAUUACAUCAGGAGUUUUUUUGACCAAAACCCUAAAUGUUUUUCUUGCCUUAAUGUUGGUGCCUAAACCUACGCAAUUCUCUCACAUCGUUAUUCACUUGGUAAUAUUGUGCGUUUCUGCAUUUGAGGCUCAUGUGAAACUUUUCUAAGAUUUAUUUACCUAAAUCAAAGAAAACAAAGUGCCUGGACGGUGAAAUACUCACAAAGCACAUUAAAUCUCUGCUGUGGCCUUUCUUUCCAUCCGUAAAGAUAUUGUAUACAUUUCCUAUUGUUGAACCAUAGGAAACGUAUUCCUCAACUAUAGAGAGUUACAGGUAGAAAAUAAACUGUGUGGUAACAAUAGGGAACAGAUGUGAGGAAGGAAGCCUUUACUUAAAGUGUGUUUAGAGCAUUAAAACCUGUCACUCAGCCUGAUGCAAAAAGAAAAAAAACGUAUUUAUUUUAAAUAAUGGGAUUUCAUUUUUAUAUAUCAAUUGGCUAACCAUGAUAUAAUUUUCUAAACAAAAUAUUGACACAAAUAUAUUUAGUCUCUGCCUUAAUAAACUACCCUUAAAUGAAAAUGAAAUAAAUCGGUAAAGAUACAUUUUAAGUUAGUUGAUGAUGAUGACGAUGAUGAGGAUGAUGAUGAGGAUGUUGUUGUGUGGUCGGGGGAACCGGAGGUAUAAUAUUUCAGUACAACGUCAUCUGUGAGAGUGUGUGUGUGUGUGUGUGUGUGUGUGCGCGUGCACGUGCGCACGUCCUUGGCUGACAGGAUAUAAAGUCUCCUGGUCAGAUGCAGAGACAAAGGUUAAGGAACAACAGAAGUCUCUGCCCAACGAACGACAAUCAGCAGCGAGAGAAGACAGCGUGGGAAAAUGUGUCCUGCGUGGUUAUUAGCGGCUGUGGCGCUGGUGGGCGUGGCCAGAGGAGCUGUCAGUCAGUGCUGGGAACAUCCGAGCUGUCAGGAGAUCAACUCUGAGAGUAGCAUCAUGGAGUGUAUCCAGCUCUGUCGCUCCGACCUCAGCGCCGAGGUGCCCGUCGACUCCCUCCUCCACCCUCCUCCUCCGUCAGACCCUGUGUCCCUUGCUUCCCUAUCCCUCUUAUCCUCCACCUCCUUCCCCUCAUCCCCUCAGGCCAAGCGCUCCUACUCCAUGGAGCACUUCCGCUGGGGGAAGCCUGUUGGCCGGAAGCGCCGCCCAGUCAAAGUGUACACCUCCAAUGGCGUGGAGGAGGAGUCAGCGGAGCUCUUCCCUGGGGAGAUGAGGAGGAGGGAGCUGGCCAGCAGGAUGAUGGAGGCAGCAGAGGAGGGUGGGAAGACCCAGGAGGAGGCAGAAGAGGACGAGGAGCUGGUCCCCGGGGACGUCCACGAGAAGAAAGACGGCACCUACAAGAUGAGGCACUUCCGCUGGGGGGGCCCGCCGGCCGUCAAACGCUACGGCGGCUUCAUGAAGAGCUGGGACGAGCACAGCCAGAGGCCCCUGCUCACACUCUUCAAAAACGUCAUCAACAAAGAUGGACAGCAGGAGAGGGAGCAGUGAGGGGGGAGGAAAGGGAGGGAGGAGGUAGAGAGAGGACGGAUACUAAACACACAUUGAUUGUCACUGCCUUCCAAACAGACCCACUUUUCUGAUUCCCUAUCAGCAGGCAACCCUGCCUCCUAGAAAUUACACCAAUGCAACAAUACGUUUUUUAAUAUCAAUUCAUCUGUGUCUUGAUCAUAGUUAGGUCUACACAAUGUCACACAGUCUAAAUAGACCUUGUCACAUUUCUUAUUGGGUCCAAAACCAAAACAUAUUCAGUUUGCAAUGAUAUAAAACUGAAAAUAGCAGUAAAUGUGCACAAUUGAGAGAGACUCUACAACUAGGAAUCUUGUUUGCUUAAAACAUAUUUAAAUAGGGAUUUGACUGACACUAGUUGUAGAUCAUUAAUCUGGUGGAGACCCUGAGUCCUGCAAAAGCUCAGCUUCAGAGGCACUUUGGCACUAGGUGAUUUAAAAACAAUUGUUAACAGAUUUCUUUUUAAAAUAAGGUAAUUUUUCCAAAUGAUUGAGACAUAUUUCCCCCUCCCUUUCAUUAAGCGUUGUGUGUGACUUCACAUACAUGUUUUACAACAUGUUGGCUGUUGUACAAAAGUCAUUUAAUGUAACGUAAUUUCUAAGAUACAGGGUGAGAAUAAGAAGGCAUCGGUUGUCAGUGUCUUCUAAAUCCGUUUGAUUCAUAUAGAUGGUUGUUAUUAUUGUUGUCAUGAUUGAAUGUUUACUCUCAGAAGGAAAACUAAUGUUCAUCCCGCUGUCAUUCUGCCUGUCAGUCACUUCACCGCAGGGACUGGCAUGAGAGAGUCAGAAAGAGAGGAACAUGUUUUAUACAUUGAUUUGUGUAAAUAACUGUAAAUCAAAUGAAAACAU